AUGCCCAACCUGACAGCUGUGCCACAAUACAAGCAAUCUCACCUAGGCUUAGCGCUGUACCCCUCACCGCACCAAGGCUAUCGAGCCACGUUCCACCUUCUCUUAGGCAUCCACUCUACAACCUACAUCGUUUACACCGUGCCUUACGAUCGUGAUGUGGUCGUCAACUGCAUCAAAAGACACUAUGAUUUACUCGUGCGCAUAGCCUACCUGGACCCCGACGUGAUUCUCCACCCACCGCCUGGAGGUUGGAGUGAUGAGCAGCUCGCUGUCGAUACAUUGAAAGAGAGGAAACGCUCGGAGAGGGUCAUUGAUCUUUUGCGGCAUAUGCCUUAUUUGAGUAAGAAUAAGGAUACGGUGGGCAAGUACGAGGUCUAUAUCGAAACGGACGCAUGCACCUACCUCCGCAAUCAUGGCUGGUUUAAAGACGAGUAUAGGGAUCCUUAUGGUCUCAUGAUGCCGUGGAACUCGGAGCAGGACUCGCCUGCUGGUUUCAUUCCGUUGAGCAUGGGUAACGCCGCAACCGUAUGGAUGGUUGAUACGGACGAAGGGAUAAUUUGGCCUAUGGGACCGUUUAUUGUGACUCAAGGUGCGCCGGAAGAUCAGCCAUGGCGGGCAUGCGCAAAGCCUCGCGACAUCCAGGAGUACUUCGAUGAGCUCUACACCGAGAUCGAGACCUUGGUCACUGUUCCGGUACCAAAGACAAAAAGUGAUUGGAGGUGGUAUCACGAGAUACUAUCAUGUCGGGAGAAGGAUGGAGCACAAGUUCAGCGCUUGCUUAAAGAGCAUGGCUGGCCGGAAGCUCUCAGAAAGGAGGAAUAUCUUAAGGCUCUCGAGGAAGAGCGCUAUGACGCUAAACGCAACGAAGAGAAGAAGAGAGAAGAGAAAGAGAGAAGACGCAAGACAAGGCGCGAAAUCGCUGUUGGCAAGACCUAUGAUCUGCGUUCCAAGAGUGGGAAGGGCGGUAGUACAGCGAGCUGACAUAUCUCAUUACAGAUCAUAGUGUCUGAAAGCGAAACAUCUAUAGUGAGAGCCUGGUCGCUGAAUUUGACGCCAGACUACCGUGAACCAGAGCAAACAAGAUUUCUGGAUUAGUGAGCUGAUGGAAAGAAGAUCAACAGCUUUUUCAGUCUCGAUAAACGGCGCGACGGGUUUGUGGAUAGCGAAAAGUGGGAAUCGUGAUCAGUGAAUGUUGCAUACGAAAGUGGUCAUGCUUACCAGCCUCUCCGUGAGCGCCUACUCGGAUAUGUCCACAUGUAGCAGGAACG